AUGGUCGUUAAUUACUAUACAAUCGUUCGAAAAUCUCUCGAACAAAAUGCAAUCGAUUGUACUCUACCUGAACAUAUCAAACGAGGAUGGAACCGGAUUUAUACAUCGGAAGAAAAUAAAUGGAAGAAACAACAGUGUAUCAUUGCAUCCGAUGUUCGAAUUCCGAAUUCGGUUGUUCGCCAUCGUCUGGGAACAACACGAAUAGCACGAGAAACGAAGAAAGAACUGUUACGAAAAAUAUUUGAAUUACCUGAAGAAUUACUGAUGAAUUUAUCAAUUGUUCCUCAAACUCCGGAAACAAUUGAGGAGGAACAAUUAGAUAUCGAUUGGAACGAUGACGACAAUGAUGCCGAUGCAACGAAUGUCAGACGAAGAAAAUCAGAUAUAGCUGCGAUUAUCAAGAAACAACGUGAAAAACGUCGUAAACAUGAAGAUUAUAAAUAUGACUAUGACAAUACGGAAGCGUUACCACUCGAUGAGAUCCUUGAAGAAAUUCGUACAAAUAUUGGUAAAGACUUGAAACCAGAAGAAUUCAGUUUAAUUACUGAAUUGAUGCAAAUCAUCAGUCACCACAAACAAAAUCAAGUCAUGAACAUAUUCGACGAAUUAACCAAUAUUCAGCUAAUUAAAAAAUUUGGUGGUGUGCCAAAAGUCGUACAAGCAUUACAAGAAAUUCAGAAAGCAUUUGAACAAGUAGCAAUGAAAGCAAAUGUGGCUUCCAUUGAAACAGUAAUUGAUAUUUUACUAGAAAAAGAUGAUACUUAUCGUAUAGCAGCCAAAUUACUAAAUUCAUUCAAUGAGUACAUGAAGAAAAAUAAACAGCAAGGCAAUGUACAUCUUACUGAUAAAUCUGGUACAGUAGUCUUCUUGUUCAUAUCGUUGACUACAAUCAUCGUCUUUCCUACAGGUGAUAUAUCGGAUCACGAUCAUAGACUGUUUGAUACUUUGAUUAAAGAUCGUAUUAGUCGAUUAGCUGUAUCAGAUUCGAAUACAUUGAUCAACGAUUUACAAGCAAUUCGUAAUAUGGGUAGAACUCAAAUGAACAAAAAUCAUGAUGAUCAAGUGAAAUACUUAAUCGAACAAUUGGAAAUCAUUUUCACACGGGCACAUUUCGAUGGGAUCAGCACAGUUUUUCAUUCGAUGAACUCUUCUAUUGGUCGAGAACUAAGCAAAUUCAUUGAUCUAAUUGAACGCAGUUCCUGUGUUCAAUUGACAGAUUCGGAGAAAAUCAUCAUUGAAUCAUACAUUCAAAAUCAUCUUGCAUCAUUAACGGAAAACGAAUUAAAGAUAGUCUAUGAGCGUUUGGCACAGCAAGGUACUCUCAAACGUCAUGCUACUUCGAAUGAGUGGAAUCAAACAAUAACAAUGGGCUUGAUGAAGAAAGUUGAAAGCGAUGGACUGGCUACAAUUAUCGAACAUAUGAAAGGAGCUCGAUUUAAUAUUAAUUCACUUGAUGAACUUGUGCAAGAACUAACCUGUAUCAAUGAUUACAUACAAACUCAACCAAGUGUUUCUGUUGAACAGAUACAGAAUCAAUUGGCUUUGACAUUCUUCAUGGAAACACGUGAUUUCAAUGAACAAAAGAUCCAUGACAUAAUCAAGUCUACGAAUCUUUAUUCCAUCACUCGAAUAUCUCUUCCUGAAAAUCUGACAAAAGACGAAUGUUCGACCUAUCUUGAACAAGUGAAAUCACCUGUUAUUCGUAUCUGCUUACAACGAAUUUUGAAUUCAGUUCAAGGCAAAUCAAUAGACUUAUCGAAAGUUCCCAAUCAAUUUUAUAAACAAUACCUGCUUGAUUUGUUUGAUGAAUUACUUCACGGAUCUGAUGAAUUUAACAAACAUUUAGUUCUUGAACAAGUCAAAGAACAGUUAAAGAAAAAUAAAGAUUUAACGGACAAAAUCUAUCGACAAAUGGUGAAAGAGAAGCUAAUUACGAUUGAUAAUAAAGUAAAAUUAGACACAGAACGAAAGAAAUUAUCUUUGAUUACUAAUAAUAUCAAGAAAAUCUUGAAUGGUAAAGAAGAUCGAACAAAAACAUCACAGUUAGUCGAAAUGCUGAACAAGACUGACUUAGUAUUACCUGAACGCGUAAAACGUUGGUACAAGAGCAAGCCUAUUGUACUGACGUCAUCAUCAUCACUCAAAAUCAAAAGAACAUCUUCGAAUCGAAGAAACGAUACUCGAACUGCAUCUACUACAUCUCGUGUAUUACCAUCAGUAAUCAAAACUAUGAAACGUAUCGAUCAAAAAAGUAAAUUGUCUGUGAAAUUGGCACAAAGAACAGUCAAAAAUAAUUUAAUCACGCCGAGCCAUCACAUCGAGGAAGAGAAAUUGAAAAUUAAUACUCAAAAUACAAUUGUACCAGAAUCUAGAAUGCUUGAAGCCAAAAAAGUAUCUUCUAAGAAUGAUCAUCAGCCAAAUAUAUCAUCGGUAGUAGCUAUAGAUAAUGUUAAUAAUGAUUUAGAAGCCCAGCCUGAUGAAGCGAAUAUAACAAAAGAUGCGAUCGUAACGGAUCAAUCGCCACCCGUCAUUGAUGGGCCAGAUUAUCGACCGACGAUUGUAACAGACACAACAAUAGAAUCCAAAGAAGAAUUGGAGUUACGGCAGAAUCUGUCACCAGCAGAUAAAGGCAUACGAGACAACCCGACGAUACCAAUCGUUAAAAGCGAUUCAUUCGUAGAUAUUGAACGGCAUCACUCGUUGAAACUAGAUCGUAUCAACGAAAAGCACCUCGAUGAAAAAGACGAAACAUCUACUUUAAUUGAAAUUGAAAUCGAUCAUUCAACAAAUAUUAGUCCUAGCCAAAUCGUAGAAAGACAAACGAUCAAUCAUUCGCUAGAACAACGUGCAGCCCUGCUUUACUACUCAGCGCCCAUAGUUAAUGAAUCGGCUGAAAAUGUCCACGUGAACUUGACUGGUGUAAUUCCCGAGCUCAUGAAAGAGCCAUCAUAUGAAAAAACUAAAGCGCAACGCAUACUAGCGAAACCAGUACCCUUAGCAAACAUUCAUCAACAGACCGAAGACAACACGGCUAUCGCCAAAUCUUCAUUAUCCAAUCUUCAAGCUAGCGGUACACAGCAAACCAUAUCCAUUGCUUCUGAUACUAGCUCAUUCUUCCCUCCACAAGUGCCGUCAUUGGAUAACGCAAGAUCAUCUGUAAAGAAACAUCGUCCAACGUUGAAUAAAUCAUUGAAACAAACCGAAGACGUCUACAUGACAUCUUUAACCAAUGCUUUACAUCAGCUAUUUUCUCGUUCCGAAUACGAUAGUAGCAAACUACAAAAAAUUCAUAAAGAACUAAUUGCAUCCGGUCAUAUUACACCAUUGAACGAAUUCUAUCGUUCGUCAAAUGAAGCACUACGUGUGACACUCGAACACUGCGCAACUUAUCAAGACUUGAUCAAAUGGACUCUAUCAUUAUUGCAAACGAAUCAUAAACAAAAUCUAAUUCAUUUUGGCCAUGAUCUUUAUUCUAUCGCAGUUGAUCUAGAUUUGUUAUUAAUUGAACGUAUUGACGAAACACGAUGUGCACUCGAUGUUCAAGAAAAUCUCAAAACGGAAUUGCAAUCGAUAACUGAAAGUGACCUGCGUGAAAUCAAUUCCUAUGUGAACGCUUCACAACUAGAAAAACUAAUAAACAUCCCCAAAAAGCUCCACGUAGUUUCCAAAGAUCGUAUGUUAUCGGAUCUAUAUUCGUUAGUUCUCCAUCUCAUCCAAGUCUGCCACACGUUUCAAGGACAAUAUCAACCAAUGCAAACAUAUAUUCGUGAAAUUGCUGAAACAUUCAAAUCACGCGCUAUAGAUAAUCUUGCUCAUCACCUGGAUGAAAUUGAAAAACAUUUAGCCAAAACUUUCGGUAUAACUUUCGUUGGAUUUAGUAAACGUCUGCAUGAUUCUCGUUUCGUAUUAACGAAAUAA